AUGUCUGAUGAGGAACACAAAUCAGAAUUACUCGACGUGUUUAAUGACAUCAUGAAUAAAAUUAAUGAACUACCUUUACACCCGAAAAAUAAAAUUCUACUAUACAGUCGUUACUUGCUGUCAAAGAUAUCCUGGGACUUCACUGUUUCUGAUAUAUCUAAGACCUGGAUCUGCGAAGCGUUAGACAGUAUUGCGACAAAAUAUAUCCGAAAAUGGCUAGAACUUCCUGUCUCUGCAACCCUUAGCAACGUGUUGCUUCCACAAAACAAAUUUGGUCUGAAUAUUAUUCUCCCUUCGACAAAAUUUAUCCAAUGUCAAACUGUCUCUCGAUCAGCUUUAAAAUACUCACCAAACGUAGAUAUUAACAAUCUAUGGGCGGUGACGAGCACCAACAAGAACGUACAGUAUGACAUUUACAAAGACACAAAAGACGUACUUAAAGCAGUUAGAAAAGAAAACGAACAAAGACUUCAAAACCACCUCAUUUCGCAAGGUUCUUUCUUUUCCAGUAUCAUGAAUCAUUCCACAUCCACAUUCAACUCUUUAUGGUCAUCCGUUCAGAGCAAACUUCCGAAAAACAUUUUUAACUUCACCAUCCGAUAUAUCAAUAACACACUUCCAACACGAAAGAACCUAUCAAAAUGGGGACUAUCGUCAACAUCCGAUUGCUCUUUCUGCUCCUCACCUGAAACGCUGCUCCAUGUGAUUGCUGGAUGUAAGACAUAUUUAGACGAAGGCCGGUUUACAUGGCGACACGACUCUGUUUUAUAUUUCCUCGCAUCCACUCUUACUGCUGUGAAAAAUUCCACACUUUACGCGGACAUUCCUGGUUUUAUGAAUCCAUCUGUUAUCACGGGAGAUCAUUUACGACCUGACCUUCUGCUGGUGACUGAAAACAGAUGUCUAUACAUCCUCGAGCUUACAGUCGGUUAUGAAUUCAAUCUGCUAGUUAACGCCAAUCGUAAGCGUCAAAGGUACCGUGAUCUAAUCAAUGAGCAGGAAGCAGAUUAUGAUAAAGUCAAGUUCGUCAAUUUAUCCUUGAGUACCCUCGGAGUUUUUGGCCGAUCUUCUGAAAAUUUCGAAGGGAUGCUAAGUAGCCUUAAAUGUGAUGCCAAGUAUAGUAAAUACAUAAAAAAGCAAAUCGUGAACAUAUGCAUACGAACAUCAUAUUAUGUAUUUUGUAAACGAAACACGGUGUGGGAUAACCCAAAAUUAAUGUUAAUAUAA